CUAAGAAAGUGUUAAAGGCUUCACAGCUCUACCUCAGGAUUGACAGGUAGGUACUUCAAAAGGAGGAAGACAAGUCCCCUGGGCCGGAGGCUGAGCUUGACAGGGGCGACGAUUGAGAGACAUCAUGUCUGACAUGCAGAGUAGGUUGGUGAAGCAUUAAUUUGGUGGUGAAGCUUGAAACCCCACGCUGAGUGUGCUCAUCCUGGGUCUAGCACUGGCAGCAGUGGAAGGAGAUUGCUGCAACUAAGCUUCUACAAGUUUCAAACGGAAGAUCCCUACAUCAUGGCAGCUGUCCUGGAGGGCAAGGGCAAUGCCCUGUAUCUUGCUGCGGACUAUGAUGCAGCUUUGAAGUGCUACACCCAGGGGUUGGAAAUGGAACCCAGCAAUGCAAGCCUUCAUACCAGCCGGGCGGGAGCGCAUCUGAUGCUGGGAGACUUAACUGCUGCUAUCAUGGAUGCAAACAAGGCCAUCGAAAUUGACCCCAGCAUGAGUUUGGCGUACCUAAGAAAAGGAAUGGCGUAUUUCUCGCUUGAGGACUGCCAGACUGCCAAGGCAACCUUCGAGGAUGCGCUCAAGCUCCAAGUGAACCAUCCCCAGUAUGAGACAUGGAUUCGCAAGUGCGAAUUGAAGCUGACAGGUCCUGCUAUUUCAACAACCGGAGGAUCCGGUGCCAGUGGCAGUGGGCAACUGUCUAGAAAUCGUAGGUCCAGCGACGAUGAGGCUUGGAGUGCCGAGAUUGAGCAAGCGGUGGAGGGGGUUACUGCGCACGCGUUCACGGAACUGGAUGAGCAGGGGGUGCUGCAUCAAGAGAUUUGGGAGCACCCCCAGGCUCGCAUAAAGAACCUUGGGAUCCCAAAGUACGGGACGCAGCCAAGCCUCCUCCUCCAUAAACUUCCAGAACGAGGCGAGCGGGGAAUUAGCAAAGCAAACGAGCUUAAAGCCACGUGCGACGGUCUCCAAAGUGGGGUUGGGCCGCUCGGUCGCACGGUCCUCGGACUGGGCCCCUCGGGGGUGGGGAAGACGCGCACGCUCCACGAGCUGUUGUGUGAGCUGUAUGGUUUCUAUGGCAGCCUCAGCGCGGCGGGGGAACCGGGGUCACGCGUUUUUGAGGCGGCUUUGAUGCGCUUUCACGAGCAGUUUGGGCCAGACUUCGACCAAGCUGCGCGACAUCCCAAUCCCGACCUCUUAGCCAGCUUCCGCGGACAACGUUCGAAGGACGCCAUCAAGUUCCUCGUCCGCAUCUUGCUGGCGUACGCUCUGGGCCUGCUCGCAUUCCUCAAGCGCUUUGGAGAGGCAGCGACGCCCAAAAAAUACCUCCUGUUCCAGCUCAUUGGGGCAGGCAAGCAAGCGGACUGGGUACUGCAGAUCUGGGAACUGCUGCUUCCUCUCUCCUACGAGUCGGUUGUAAGCAAGCUGCGUGUCAUCACCGACGAGCUCCUAGAGCGGACGGGCCAGGUCUACUUUCCAGCCGCCGUUGAUGAGGCUCAAGUCGGGCUGAGAACGCCGGGGUGGUUCGAGGGCACCACGGAGGGGACCGGACGCCCACUCUUAAGUGCCUUGAUCCGACAGUUGGGAGACUCCGUGUUCGAGGGCUACAUGUUCCCCUUCACCGGCACCGGGUUUGCGAUUGCUUCUACCACCGUGCUUGAGACGGGUCUUGCAAAGCAAGGCAGGCAUGUGAUCUUUCACGAUUAUGGCGCCUUCACGGGAGAGUCCGCCAAGGCUUUCGCUAAAGAGUACCUGGGGCGGAUGCCCAGCGGGGUCGAGGAGCUGUGGGGAAAGCUGGUCGCGGGUCGUUAUAGAUUCACGGUCCAGCUUGUUAACUACAUGCUGGAGGAGCCCAAUAUGCGGCUAGAGCGGGCAUUUCAGGAGCUGCGGAGCGAGCACACGAAUCUGGCUGGGGAGCCCACCUCCAAGACGCUCAUGGGCAAAUUGCGGCUGUUGAAAGCGAACCUGGUAAAUGCUGACCCGAAGAAGUAUAACCACUUUACGAUGCAGCUGAGGGAACUUUUGACGGACCGUUAUUUGCUUGGGAGCGGCACCGUGCUAGCGCUGCAGGACGUGGACCUGAUUGAGCUCGGUUUCUGCUUCCUGAGGACUCUGGGCAACCGGCAGACGAUGCAGAAUCUGUGGGCGAUCCUUCAGGAGCCGCUCCCAGCAAUCGUAGCAAGAGAGUUUCUGGAGUCGGAGGGCCUCUGGAACGUGGAGCAAGCGGCCCGCGGCCUCAUGUUGAGCCUGCCCUCUGAGCCCUCGGUCUUGGGCCUUGCGUGGGAAUGGUUCAUUCCCCUCGCACAGCGGGCUUUCCUCAAUCAGGCGAACUUCUCAAGCCACCCCCUCAUUAAAAAGAUCAGCAACCCCCCUUCCUGCUUCCGCCGCAAGUCGCGCAUCGUCAGUCUCCCCGGCAAGCGCACGAGCUCCAUCGGCAUCGGAGACAACUACCUAGUACGGCAUGCAGAUGAGGAUUACGGACUGAUCGAAUUCGCCUGUGACCCCGGAGGUCUGACCUUCCUGUUUCCGGAGAUCUGGGCUGGCCCGGAUCUUGCAAACUUCGCCUACUUUGGGCCGGAGCUCUGGUUCGUUAUGCUGCAGAGCCGGCUGCGUAAUGAAUUACGCAACAAAAUGCAGGCGUUGAACACUGUCCGGCUAAGAACCAUGUGGGGGGGGCGUGCAGACAAGGAAGAGAAGCGGGAGGCGCUGGUGAAGGCGCUGCAGAACCGGAACGUGAAGGGCAUCUUGCGAAUGAUUGUCCUUUACCCGGGGGAGACAAGCUUGAAUUGCUACGUGGAGACCGAGCUGCGUACAUCGGGGCGGCUAGAGAAAUCGCAUGCGUUUGAGGAGGUCCAGAUAGUCAUUGAUGCUACAAAUGCACACGAGUACUUCCGUGCGGAGGACCUUAGCUUUGUAGACUGCCUAAAGAACCGGCCGGCGCUUGGAGCGAGCAUGGUCGGGGGGCUAGAACAAGAUGCCAUGGAGUCGUGAGGGGACGAUAGCCAAGGGGCCGAGACUUGAUUGACCGCAUGAGACUCCAUUGAGGACAUCGGAGGAACGUUUCGCUGGAAUGACGCUAGACUGUCUUGAUGAAGUGUCUGCGGGUCUGCUUGAGCUGUGAGAUGUAUGCACUGGUGGAUGAACUGUAUCUUUUCACUAAAUCCAAUCUGGCAAGUUCAGCGACUAUGUUGAGGAGCA